UUAUUUGUGUGUUUCCAAAUUUUGUAGCUACAUGCUGUUUGAAUCUCGUAAAUUUCCAUCGUAAACAGCCCGAAAUUGCAAGUUUGAAUCGAACAUAUCCUCCUCCUGCAUCUCCUAUUGUCUAAAAUCCAACUCAUUUUCUGAUGUCACAAACAGUUGGAAGGAGACCCGCUUCUCCUAUCCCAUAAACCAUUCCACCGCCUCCGAUUCCUACACUUGUCACACAAUUUCUCGGUCUGAAAUUGGAGCGACUCUUGUUUCGAACUCAUCCAAAUUUUCAUUUUUCUCCGCCAGAUUCCAUCCAUUCUCUUAGAUCCAAUUACGUUCGCACCUCCCCUUUCAUUCGCCAGAUCCCCAUUUUCGUUUCGCAUCCCCCACUCCCAAUUUCCUUCCUGGAUCUCGCAUAAUUCUUUUUUGUUCCAUAAUUUGCCACGUCAUCAUCCAAACUAACACCAAGUUGUUUAUCGAGCAGGGCCUUAUGAAGUGUAGUAGUUCCUCUACGAUGGUGGUUUUGUAGCGGAAAACCGAAGUUGGUUAGUAUAUUUAUGCAAUAAUAAUAAUAAUAAUAAUAAUAAUAAUAAUAAAAAUAAAAAUACUUGUUGUGUUUGUUUUGUGAGAUAUGAGUAGGUCUCCUUCGUUUUCAGUGAAAACGGAAGUGAGUCCAAGUGUUGACUCAGAAUCAUUGAAACGAUGGGUUGUUGCAUUUUGUGUUAUAAGAUUCGAUCUUGAACAAGGCCAGCUCGUAGAAGAAUGUUAUCCACAGGGUUGUCUUUCUCAUGACGAGGAGCUUGAAAUUGCCUAUAGUUCAUUCCCCGAUUCUGUUUCGCAGCAUCAAAACCGCUCCAGCAUUCAUGAUUGUAUUUUCUUUUUCAGAAUUUGCAGGCCUUUUAAAUCUCCAACCGGCAAUGCCACUGUUAAUUGUACCAAUGCUUCUGAAUAUUUGUAUGGUUAUGUGUUUAACAGGCAGAGACAUGAUGAGAGGCUUAAACGUGGCGGGGAACAGAAAUCUGUUGUCAUUUUAUCUCACAGUCCUUUUUCUAGUGUGUUUAGACCAUUGCUACAAAUUGUAGGGCCUUUGUUUUUUGACAUUGGCAAGAAAGCACUUGAGCAUAUUGCUGCUUUUGUUUCAAAAUGGCCACCACCUGUUCCUGGUAAUGUAAUGGAUCUUCCUAUCGGAAACGCCAUGCUUAAAGUGAACUUACCGCCUGCUCUUAGUUUGCCCGUUGAGAGUGGAAUGUCUUUUGAAGAGUUUGCUUCUUCCGCGGCCUCAACUUUCCUUUCAAACAAUCAGUCUUUCCCGCACGGUCUUUUUCACGAUUCGGAUCUUUUUGGAUCGUUUCGUGGACUUUUAUUGCAGCUUUGGUUGUUAUGGGAGUUGUUGCUUAUUGGGGAACCUAUGCUCAUAAUUGCCCCAACACCUCCACAAUGUUGUGAGGCUGUUGCUAGUCUUGUGAGUUUGGUUGCACCAUUGCUUUGCAGUGUUGACUUUAGGCCUUAUUUUACCAUCCAUGACCCGGUUUUUGCUCAAUUAAACUCAAUUCAAGAAGGUGAAGCUUUCCCACCAAUCAUAUUAGGUGUGACAAACCUUUUCUUCCUCAAAGCACUCCGUAACAUUCCGCACAUUGUCUCGGUUGGAAGUCCUCCUCCUAAUUCAAACCGGCUUGCCCUAUCGAAUAGGUCCUCUACUGGCAGAAUUUCUGGUAGACCUGAAGGUCUUGGGUUUCAACAACUUUCCCUAAAAAAGUUCUCUCCUUCAAGUUUAUUGAAUGCAGUUAAGAUGCGAAGAGACGGUCCUCUUUGUCUCAUGACCGAACAUAAAGAAGCCAUUUGGAGUAGCUAUUCUGCCACAACUAAGCCAGAUACUUCAAUCUUAAACAGGCUUAUCGAUGCAGGGUUGUCGCCAAGAGUUGAGGAGUCGAUGUCUGUUGUGAACAAUGAGAUAUUAAGGAGACAUUUCUUGGAGCUCACUACUAAUUUUUUGGCUCCCUUUUCCCCAUACUUUAGAACUACAAUACCAACUGAAGGAUCUUCUCCUUACACAGAUCCUCCUUCUCUACCUCCAUUUAAUGCCAAUGAAUUUCUUGCUAGUUUAUCAGCAAGAGGUCCAGGGAAGUUCAUUUUAAAGCGAAUGAGAUCUAACUGGCUUGACUUAUACAGGCGAUUCCUGAAUGGACCCAACUUUAUGCCGUGGUUUCAAAGAAGGCGAGCUGUCGCUGAGCAAGAGCAAGAUAGAUUGUGGAGGCAAGCAAGGAUAAAAACUGACAUUCAACAGCUUAUUUCUAAAUUUUCAGAGGUUGAAAUUGUAGAUUCCUUCAAUGUUAUAGAGAGAUUUCUCCUCAAAGAAAUCCAGGACCGGAGUUCGGGACGGACAAUUGGCGUCAGAUGUGAGUCUCAAGGCCUCUAUUACCUUUCUACAUCAUCCAAGACGUGCUCUGUCUUAGAGUUCUCUCAUACUAUCCAUGCUCAGUUAAGACACCCAAGUCUUACCAAACUGCAAAAACUGGUGCCUAGUUUGUCUAAGUUGUCUACUUUACAUUGUGAGUCGUAUCAGUUAGGGAAACACACCCGUAGUAAUUUUCCUGAUCGAGUCAAUAAAAGAGUAUCAUCUCCUUUUGCUUUAGUUCACUCUGACGUUUGGGGUCCCUCUCAUACUGUGUCUACUUUAGAGUCUAAGUAUUUUGUUACUUUUAUUGAAGAUUACUCUCGUUGUACGUGGGUAGCCGAACGCAAAAAUUGGCAUCUCAUUGAAACCACACGAACCUUACUUAUCCAUGGUAAUGUUCCAUUCCGUUUUUGGGGGGAUGCAGUCUUAACGACGUGCUACCUUAUCAAUCGCAUGCCGUCUUCUGUCCUUGAUGGUAGUUAUCCCUAUCCCACCCACUCAUAUUCCUGUCGAACCUGUCGAGUCUGCCCCCCCCAACCUCCACGACCACUACAAAUAUAUCAGCGUCGUCGCCUACCCUCUGUUGUGCCUAUUCCUGCUCCCAUUACAGACUCUUCUCCGACGCCACCUCCGGAUCCGGCCCUGCCACUUAAGCAUGACCUUCCAUUGCUCUUCGAUCGUUUGGUAGCCAAGAGAUAUACUCAGGUUUUUGGGUUGGAUUACAGUGAUACCUUCUUACCUGUUGCCAAAAUGGCAUCUGGGGAGUCUUCCACCAUGGUUUGUCGGCUAAACAGGUCCCUUUAUGGUCUUAAACAGUCUCCUAGAGCAUGGUUUGGAAGAUUCAACUCGGUAGUACAAGAGUUUGGUAUGAUUCGUAGUGAAGCCGAUCACUCUAGUGGUGAUGAUUCCCUGGCUACCUGUCAAAAAUUAAGGGGAGACCUUAAGGCAGUUUUCAAUGUACUUCCAAAGGACAUGCAACAACUUAUGCUUUCAAAUCCCCAAAGGGCAUCCCUUCUUCAUGAUAGUCCAGAAUUUACAAAACUUCCUGGACGUUCACUGAUACAAGUUUCUGUUGUGUCUUCUACAUCACCAAGGUGA